AUGAGGUUCCAUUUCAUCGACAAUGAUUCUACCCAAAAGCCUGGUGCCCGCAAGGCAAUACGAAGUCAUGUUAUGAAGGGCAAGAAUCUUGGCCGUACAAUACAAGGUCGUGGGAAGAGGCAUGCUGCACCUCAAUCUAAUGACUUAAACAAGAGCCCAGAUCUAUUGAAGAGGGAUGCUAGCGUAGAGGAAAGAAGGAAGAACCUCGAUGGUGCUGUCGAUAAUGUUGGUAAUGCCUUGUUGUUCCCAGAAAUCGCAGAUACAGACACGGACACUACAUACUCUAUCAACAAUCCAUACUCGGGAAAAGAGUAUACAUACUUCUCAUUCCCAGUUCAAUUCACCCCGUCGAUGCGAUACUAUGUCUACGAAUUCCAUACCGCGAUCUGCAACAUCAUAUACCCGUACGCCUUCUGUAGACCUACAGAUGAGAUUGGCUCACCAUGGUUCAGGUACAUGGUAGCAGACCAAGCUUGCCUGCACUGUCUUCUCGCCAUGGCAGCGACAUAUCUCAACAUCCUACGGAACAUCCCAACUCCCAGUAUAGAAAGUAUCGAAGCAACUCGUCACUUCUCGCAAGCCCUUCGCCUCAUGAACCCACGCCUCUCCCAGCCAUCGGCCGCUCAAGAAGACUCCAAUAUCGCUAUAAUAAUCUCUCUGGCAAUUCACUCAAACAUAACUCAAAACCUCACUGCAAGCGUUAUGCACCUUCAAGGUCUUGACAACCUCCUUACCUUCCGGCCCGGCGGCAUCUCCGACAUACGCGAGGGGAACCGCCCACUACUCCACAAGAUCUGCCGCACCGACAUCGAAGUCGCCGUCGCUCAGGGCACAAGCACACGCUUUGGUAACGCGGGACUCACAGCGGCAGCGGCAGGACCGAUGUCAGCACGAAAUCUGGCGUAUCCGCUGAACCAGAUGAGUGAACUGUUGCAGCAGGUCACACGUGAGCUUCUGGCUCUGUGCCGAAGACCCGGAAAGGCGAAGAUGUCGGGUCUGCAGUACCAGGAUGUGCUUAUCUCGAUGUGGCAGAGACUGGUCGACUUUGCGCCACUGGGUGGUACGAGACCACAAGAUCUGAUGUAUGAUGUGUGGCAGCUGGCCUUGCUGGCGUUCUUGGUUACCGUCACAUGGUCUGCGAGUCAUCUCAAGAGUGUACACUGUAAGCUCUUGCAUAAGCUACUUAGGGGCCAUGUUGAGAGUCGUGUGCUACUGGAGAGGGGAGAAGAGUAUCAGCCGUUGUGGUUCUGGGUAGUGUUUGUCUAUGGGCUGUCGUUGACGAAUGGGGAUUGUGAUACACUUGUCUUGGGUGAAAUUCGCAAGACUUCAGAGCUAUUGGGGAUAACGGAAUGGGAGGGAAUGAAGGCUAAGGUGAAGCCGUUUCCGUGGAUCAACAUUGUCCAUGAUGUUCCUGGAAGGUAUUUAUGGGAAGCAGCCGUGAUGACUGUUCCGUCUUAG